CUCAUUUCUCAUACAACAAACACAGUCUGAACAAACAAACAAAAAAAAGAAUAAUUCACUUUCACUACCCUAUACUUUCAAAUCGAUCAAAACCCACCCCAAAAUCAUACUUGUUUCGAUUCAAACCCACUCCCAAAAAUGGAGAGUAUGUUUAGACUCAUGGCAAGUGAAGAAUAUCUCUCAGAUCGUCGGUGUAUUUGGGUCAAUGGACCGGUUAUUGUUGGAGCCGGUCCAUCCGGUUUAGCUACGGCGGCUUGUCUUCGUGAUCAAGGAGUCCCAUUCGUCGUGGUCGAGAGAUCAGAUUGCAUAGCUUCACUAUGGCAAAAACGAACCUACGACAGGCUCAAGCUUCACUUACCCAAGAAAUUCUGUCAAUUACCGAAAAUGCCCUUCCCGGAUCACUACCCUGAAUACCCAACAAAACGACAGUUCAUCGAUUACCUUGAGUCAUACGCAAACCGGUUCGAGAUUAAACCGGAGUUCAAUAAAUGCGUUGAAUCUGCUCGAUUUGAUGAAACCAGCGGGCUAUGGCGAGUUAGGACGACCUCAACGACGGCCGCCGGAGAGGAGAUGGAAUAUAUUUGCAGGUGGUUGGUGGUGGCGACGGGAGAAAACGCUGAACGUGUUGUGCCCGAGAUUAAUGGGCUUAAGACUGAGUUUAACGGAGAAGUCAUUCACGCGUGUGAGUAUAAGUCCGGCGAGAAAUAUAGAGGAAAGAGAGUUCUUGUCGUCGGAUGUGGAAACUCCGGCAUGGAAGUCUCUCUUGAUCUUGCUAAUCACAAUGCUAUUACUUCCAUGGUCGUUAGAAGCUCGGUUCAUGUAUUACCGAGGGAAAUUCUUGGAAAAUCAACAUUCGGAAUCUCAGUGAUGAUGAUGACUUGGCUACCUCUAUGGCUCGUAGACAAACUUCUCUUGAUCUUAUCGUGGCUGGUUCUAGGGAGCUUAUCAAAGUAUGGUCUCAAGAGGCCCAACAUCGGCCCAAUGGAGCUCAAAAGCAAGACGGGAAAGACGCCGGUUCUCGACAUCGGUGCUCUGGAUAAGAUAAAGUCCGGCGACGUAGAAGUUGUUCCUGCAAUCAAACGCUUCUCACGUUGCCACGUGGAGCUCGUAGAUGGUCAGAAGCUAGAUAUCGAUGCCGUGGUUCUCGCAACCGGUUAUCGCAGCAACGUCCCUUCUUGGCUUCAGGAAAGUGAAUUCUUUUCGAAGAAUGGGUUUCCGAAAUCGCCGUUUCCAAACGCGUGGAAAGGGAAAUCGGGUUUAUACGCGGCCGGGUUCACGAGAAAAGGAUUGGCCGGAGCAUCUGCAGACGCCGUUAACAUCGCUCAAGACAUUGGAAAUGUGUGGAGAGAAGAGACAAAACGACAGAGGAUGCGAAGAAACGUGGGUCACCGCAGAUGCAUCUCAGUUGCUUAAGCCUCAAGUUAGGGGUCUUUCUAAUAUAACCAAUAUUUUAUUUAUUUGUACAAAAAAAUAAAUACUACAAAGAAAACAAAUGUACAAUAGAGCCCUCUCCUGAAGUCCCCUGACAGUGUCAUUUUUAUUACCCCACUGCAUGGGAAAUUUUGUAAAUUAGGAUGACGUGGCUCUCGCUUUUUUUGUAUAAACUUAAUUUAUA